AUGAAGCCAAGUUUCAACAUAACAACGUCAAGCAACGAGAGCUAUAGAGAAGUACACCCAUACGCAGUAGGACAAGACCAUCUGCAAGGCUCGUUCGGGAAAGAUACAACAGAGAGGCAGAGAGAUACUCCGGAACUGACGCCAGAAAUAGAUGCCCUCAAGUAUAUAUCAGAGUGCCACCCCCGCGGUAUUCAGGCUGACGUCCGCAUAUAUGAACGUCAGAUCGAGUGGAUUAAAGGCCUGCUAGCUGUUCCGUUCGUUCUGCAUUCGCAGCCCACAGCUGCCUACAAGGAAAAUAGCUCCAGUCUCGCGCAUCUCGCGGAAAGGACGCAUAAUCGAUAUGUUGAGAUCAUGAGAGAUGUUGAACAUCUAAUUAAUGACCAUAUUGAACUACAGACAACUGGAACCAGCGAAAGGUCUACAUUGAAAUUGCUUGUCCCUUCCGUAGGCACGUUUUUUACCCCGUUGCUGUUGGAAGAUGCGUUCAAGUAUCAGGAUAAGAAAAGAUUUAUUAGCCACAGACGCUUCGUCCCUCCGUCAUUUAAUGAUAUCCGGCUUACGCUUAACACCGCUCAGCUAAUGGGACUUGUCCGCCGAAGCAAGGUUCAGCUGAUCACAUUCGAUGGAGAUGUGACACUCUAUGAUGACGGGUGUUCCCUCAUGUCUGAUAACCCCGUUGUCAAGAGGAUAAUGCUUCUUUUGAAGCAGAAUAAGAGAGUCGGAAUCGUGACGGCAGCUGGCUACUCUUCAGCAGGAAAAUACAAGGAGCGUCUCGAAGGACUUCUACAUGCCAUCAAAGAAUCUACCGAUCUCAGUGAGAAGCAGAAAAACCAUCUCAUCGUUCUCGGGGGUGAAAGCAACUUCAUGUAUGAGUUUGACCUAAAAUCCCCUGAUUUACUUACCUACAAACCGCAGAGCGAGUGGCAGCUGGAUGAGAUGAAGCAAUGGAAAGAGGAGGAUAUUAAAGAGCUGCUUGACAUCGCCGAGGCAGCGUUGCGUGAUUGUGUCAGCAACUUGAACCUCCCAGCCACUAUUUUAAGGAAGGAAAGAGCAGUAGGCAUAUAUCCGCUCGAAGGGCAGCGGAUGCAUCGUGAGCAGCUUGAGGAGACCGUUCUUGUGGCGCAGCAAACCAUUGAGACCUCUGCGGUCGGCAGACGACUCCCCUUUUGCGCAUUUAAUGGCGGAAGUGAUGUCUUCGUAGACAUUGGUGACAAAUCCUGGGGCGUCCUGGCCUGCCAGAAAUAUUUCGGUGGCAUCGAUAGGUCCAAGACUCUUCAUAUAGGCGACCAGUUCCUGUCAGCUGGAGCAAAUGAUUUCAAAGUAAGCUCCCUAUCUAACCAAUACGCCUCAUUUUUCCUAACGACCCAUCCCUUCGUUCCACAGGCACGGCUUGCAUGCACCACUGCAUGGAUAUCCAAUCCCGGCGAGACCGUUCAACUUCUAGACGAGCUAGCUGCAUUGGAGCAGGACGCUUAUAUGUGA